GUUUACAGAUGUAUCUACUGCAUUUUAUAACUGUAACCGUCUCUUUCAAAGAGCACACGACGUGCGCUCGCUUUGCAUUUUGUUGUUGCUUUCGUUUGGCGCUGCAUUUGACCGCGCGCCGCAUACAUUUUGCAUAGAACACGCUGCGCUUCGUACGGCAUCUGUCUUGACAUUAUUUUAAAGUACCAAUAUUUGUGCAAGUGUUUUUUUGAUGCGUUCGCGUCGCGCGCGCUUUCGUGUUUGUGCCGUGUGUGCGUGUGAGACAGGGCUAAAGUUCGACUAUGACGGCAAUUGCAAUUGAAAGCGACACAUAUAUACGGCCAUAUCGCUAAUUCGCUGGACAGUAAGCCGCAGCAAAAAGUCUCCACUCAGCAGCCAGCCAGGCAGGCAGGCAAAACUUCAAAGUCGAGACUCUCCAAACGUGUGCGAAAAAAAAACGCGAACCGCCAAUGCAAACGCCACUUGCGCAGCCGAAGCAGCUCGCGUCGCUGUCAGUUCGUUGGCGCUCGUGCUGUGCGACAACAGCAGCAGCAGCAGCAGCCAUCGUGAGAAGUAGCAGCAGCAGCAGCAGUGGCAGAGGCAGCGACAGCAGCAGCGCCAGCAGCAGAGUCGCAUUAACAGUUGGCGCUCAGUUUGUUUUUGUCGCUCGGUACGUUCGGUUGCUACUCGCGCUGUGGCCAACAUUUCUCAGCUGCGUCUCCGUCAUUUCGUUCAUUGCUUUCGUUUGCUGCGCGUGCGCCGCGUCGUUGCGUUUAUUUGUUGUGUCGUCGCUUCAGCCCAAAAGUUCAAGCGAGUCAAAGAAAAUGCCAUAAAGCAAAGAGCAACAAAGUCGAAAACAAAAGUGUGCGAAAACAAAAAUGUAACAACAACAACAACAACCAAACAACCAGCCAAACAACCAAUCGCCCGACUGUUUAAUACGAGUUUCGUUCUUGCUUCUUCCCAAAGUUCUUCUCUUGUUUUUCGUUGACCAUUAAAAGUGAAGCUUUGAACGCACAAAAAAAAGUUGUAAGAAAAAAAAACCAACAACAAAAACAACAAACGAAUUGAGCCGCCCCGCAUCGUGGCUGCAACUUGAACUUCAGUCUCCGGUCUACGGUCUUCAGUCUCUCGGGCGCGUUUGGCGCGUCUCGUGUUAUUUUUAGACAAAAAAUCGCAAUCGCAACGCAAUGGGCACCAAGUCGCCCGGUGGUCCGCAGCGCUGUCGCCUCAUACUGCAGCGCUGCCUGGCCAUCCAGCUGAGCAAGCCGGGCCACACGCCCGAGGACUUUUGGAUGUACGACUCGGGAUAUAUGAUAUUUCAGAAUUUUCUUGCCGCGAAUGCGCAAUGCUGGUGGAAUGCCCCACUGACAGCCGCGACACGUGCGCUCAAAUAUGCCGGACAUGUGGCGCCGGGAAUGCUGCUGGUCACCGCUGAGCCGUGCGCUUUGGAGGUGCUGCGCGGCGCCUUUGCGCGCAGCGUGCUGAAGCCGCCGGCCACCUACAUCAUCAGCUCUGUGGGUGACAUUGACGAUUGCAUUGUGACGCCGACGGUUCAGGGGCAGUUCACCCCACUGCCGGAGGCGCUGUGCGAUGUUAUCAUGGAUCUAACCGCCGAGGGUCAAUCGGCGACCAUUGAGCAUGUGCGCAGCAAGCUUGGCGUUCGAUUUCCGCACAUGACCACGCCCGCCACAGAGGUCAUCUACGAUUCGUUGGCGCAGCUGAUGCAGGAGCAGAAGAUCUACCAGACCGCAAAGGGUUACUUCAUCUUUACGCCAGAACGUCGUCGCAGUCGGUCGCGUCCGCGCAGCAAUCAUCAUCAGCUGAAUGGCGGCCAUAGCACCAACGGCAGCCUGGCGUACUCGCAGCUAACCGAGGAGGAGCAACAGCAGGACGUGGUGCCGCCGGAGGCGCGCACAAUGCUCAUGUCGAAUGCCGAGGCGCUGCAUUCGCUCUAUGGCGAAAUAUCCACGGAACGGGAUGGUGAUCUGACGCAUCAGUGCAUACAGACCAAUCUGGCGGAUGUCAUCUGUGGAGGCAAUCCCAAUGACAAGAUCAUUUAUCCGCGUGCGGCCAAGCGACGCAGUGCCUCAUUUCCGACGCCGCGCAGCUUGGAACGACGGCACAGUUUGCGGCUCUUUGGUUCGUCGAAGCGCCUGCAACGCUGCGCCUCGACCCGCAGCCUGUCCAAGACCUAUGCCCAGACGCUUAACACGACGGACAGCAGCAGCUCGGAAUACCAAAGCACAGAUUCGUCAUCACCCAAAAAAGGAUCUUUGCUCUCACGGCUGUUCCGACGCAGCGGACGCGCCAAGCAGCGCCAAAUUGAGACCUACUCGGCUCAGUUUCCGCCCGCCGAAUGGUUCAACACACGCGCCGUGCAUCUGCACAGCGUGGGCACCCAGACCGCAGAUCACGAUAUGCCCGCUGUUCACACGCUGUCCAAUUCGACGUUCUACGAUGGCUCCGAGCUGAGCCAGCGUUCGUCGACGCUGCCACGCCGCCAUCGCCGCCACAUGUCCAGCGAGUCAACGUUCCUGAUAUCCUCCAGGGACUGCUCGCCGAUACGCCGCCGGUCGCCCGUCUACUGCAGCAGCUCGCUACCUCGCUCCACGCAGUCGAUACCGGCCAGCAGCGGCAGCGCCGUGAAUCACACCAAAAUAAAUCACUCAUCGGCGACAUUGUCGCGCCUUCAGGCGGCCACGCCUACGCCUACGCACACGCACACGCCAACGCCCAUGGCGCAGAAAACAGCGCAAAAGUCGGUAAUUGGCAAGCACAUCUUCGAGAGCUCGCCAGCGCGCUCCUCAACGCUGAAGUCCGCCACGUCGGGCAAGCGUCAGAUAGACGGGCUGAUCAUAAACGGCUGCUCGACCGAUAACAAGAGCACGUAUCGCAGUCUGCAGAGCAGCGGACCCUCCAGCCUGGAGUCCUGCAGGACAUCGAUGCUGGCCAGCGGCCCAUCCAGCAUUGACAGCGGCAAAGUUUCCUUUAGCCAGAAGACCAGCGGCCACUCUAGUCUGGACUCCCAGUGCUCCACAAACACAGCUGUGGUAGCUCCAAAUACAACAACAACAACAACAAAUGGCAGCACGCGUUCCAUACUGCUGCUGAAUGGCUCGCCACGUGGUACGCCGCGUCAUCAGGCGAUGCGAGCGCGUGUGGCAGAGGCGCAGGCGCAGAGGCAACGCGCCAGCACACCCAAUCGCAUACUCGAGGAGCUCACGUAUCCCACAAAUGGCAGCGCCAAUGGUGUACCCAAUUCGAGCAGCAACAAUUCGAUAACACUGCAGGUGACCACCAGCUCUAGUGGCGGUGGCCAGAGCAUACCCAGCACCAAAAUCUUUGUGCAGAACUCGCCGGUGCGAAGUGUUAUCACCCUGGAGAAUGGCAAAAUGCUGGAGAACUCGAAUGUGUUCAUCAUUAACAAUGAGACCAUGACGAAUGAGAAGGGCGAGAUCAUCAAGAAGACGCUGUCCAAGCAGACAACAACAGCAACAGCUGGAACAGCUGCCACUGGCAUGCCAGUGGCUUCAUCGACGCCAGUUAGGCCCGAAUCGGUGCCCGAGCAGCCGCUGAGCGAAACGGAGGCCAACUCGGAGACCUGCGAUUCCAUUUCAUUCAUCAGCGAGAGCUCGCCGGAGAAUACGGCGACUGAGACGCCAUCCUAUGAUGGCGGCAAGUAUGCCAAGAACACCAACAACGAUGCCACCAUGAACAACAGCCGCAAGCUGUGCCUGCAGCUGGCCAAUGGCAUUGCCUACAAGAACAAUGUGCUCAAAAAUGAAUCCCAGCCGAAUUCGCCAUGUGCUGAGCAGCAGCAGCAUCCACUGAAAUUAGCUGCCCUGGCCAAACAGGACUUUGAGAUAGCCGGCUCGGUUGGCAAUUUGCAUUUCUAUGAGAAGCACUCGAAGGAUUUGGCGCCAGCGCAGAGCAAUCACAAGCUGAUGAACAGCAGCAGUGAUCUGAAGAAUCUCUGCUAUGAGUCUGUGUGCCAGCUGCAAAAGUGCCACAUGAAUGGGGAUGAGCUGGCGCUGGCGCAUCUGCUGCACAAGUCCAGCAAUCCGCUGGGCAGUGAGCCCAAUCUGGCGCUGAAGGAUCAUGCGAACGACAAGUCCAUUGACAAGGAGGCCAUGGAUAGGCGUCUCAGUCUGACCAAGGAGUCCCUGGAGCAGCAUGGCAUGGGCAGCGUUUUAACCGCCGGCGGUGAGGAACUCUAUAAUUUUCCCAGCCUCACGGAUCUAUCCUUCAACUUUACGUCGCUAGCGGCGCGCAAGAUACUCCAAGGCGUUAGCCUCAACAGCAUCGAUACGCUGGUGGAGCUGAACAUGGCUGCAGCGGCGGCGGCUGCAGUGGCGGUGAGCAGUGCCCAGGAGAAGCAACAGAAUAACCAGGCGGCGGCAACGGCAACAACAGCCCCCUCCGUGUGCACGGACUUUGGCAUGGUCUAGUUCCAGAGUCUCUCUAGAGAGUAGUGGAGGCGCCUCCAGCCAACAGAGCAGCUCUGUUGGUCCGGGAAGCCGCUUUAUCUUAGCAUAAUCAAACGAAACCUUAGACGAGCAGCAUCAAGCAUAAUUCGAUUACAAUUCUGUAAUUUAUUAUCGAAUAUCGAAUAUUGGUUAUUUAAACGAUUCCGUUUCCGUUUCCAUAUUGUAGCAACAAAUUGAUUCUAAUUUUAAUUUUUGUAUGCGUUUUACGAAUUUUCUUACAUGUCGAAAGCAGUUUUUUUUAUUUACAGUGCCAAAAUAUGUUUAGUUUAAUUUUAAUGUUUAUAUUUUGUAACCCAACAACAACAACAACAACAACAACAAGAGCACCCAAAAACACUCGUGAAUCACCCGAAUGCAUCUGAAAGAAUUUGCAAGUGCAAUUUAUUGUAAGAAGAGAACAGCCCCCACAACUUGAUUGUAAAGUUAUUCGUACCUCUGCUUAAGUCCCUCCCUUUAACUCUUAGUUUUUGUAUAUUUGUUUAAAGCAAUAGACGUUUAGACUAACAUGAUGAUGAUAAUGCAAACCUAUAUGCAUACGGUACCCAUACACACACACACUCGACACACACACGCAAUGACACACACACGCAAUGACACACAUAAGUAAUUAACUACGAAUAUAGAAUUUAGCACCUACAACGGAAAUACAAUAAUUUUGUACAAGGCCUUAAUUAGUAGAGUCAGCAAUAAUAUAAAUAAGUUGAAAUCACUAAUAAAUAUGAAGUAUACAAAUUUA